UCGCGGAAUCUUGUCACGGAGGAACCCUCAAACGGACGGAAUGCCAGCCUGACGAAUGCGAAAGGUGUGCUGCGGAACGGAGGUUCAAAACUCUCUCUGAACCCAUUUCCACCGAAGCGGCAAUAGAGAUUGCGUAUGCCUUUGAAGAAACGGGGCAGGAUGAUGUCUAUUAUAAAUCUGGCAUUUGCAAGCCUCCGCAGAACAGAUCCAUUCUGUGGGGCAUAUGGAGACUCAGAAAGGCAAUCGUACUGUAUCUUAAGUUUUAAGUUAAUGAACACAUCCUCUUGCCGCGAUUUCAUGUCGCGGAUUGGCUCCAUAGAGCGGACCCUCAGAGCAACGCUGAACGAGCAAAUCGAUCUGGGUUCGUGGGAAGAAGUCGUCAGACCGUACGCAGAAGUAGCGGACAUCCGAAGUAUGCGAAGGCGUGGUAUACCUGUUCCGCUUGCUCCCUUCUAUGGGGGCCUGCAUGACACGGUGACGCGGGUAUUUGCUGAACACCCGGAGAUGGCGGUGUGGGCCAAGGUGCACAAGCAUGCCCUCAAGGGCGAGAGAUCACCCACAAUUACAGUAUCGCACCCUGUCUCUCACGUGAGCAGCGCAUGGUUCAAAGCCUCGAGUGUGCGUCUUUGCCAUCCGAAAAUCUGGGACGCAAUAACCCGCUCCUCUUUUAGGAUGUAUGCAAAUUGGAAGCUUCCUCCUUCACUGAGCGAGGGAUGUCAAGGCAUUUAUGUGGGAGGAUUCAUCGAUGCACUCGAUCGAAUCAUCGAACGGGGAAUGGGACCCAGCGAGUUUGCGACUCGUUACGUAUCGGCUUCAGCACGGUGUGCUGACAUCCCAAGUGUGAGCGAGGGGUGGUCGAGUCGGGAAAACAAUCCUUUCGAGGACUUCAAAAGAGCUACCAAAAGCCUCGACGAUGUUCUGAAAGGCGGAGUGAGCGUACGGGGUGAUUUACCGAACGUCAGUGAUCUCCCCACCUCUUCUUCUGAGCCGGUAUCCGGAUCCGACUCGGGUACAAGGUCGGCAAUAGGGUUCGGUCUGACUUCCACUCCAAUCGCUCCUCUCGCCGCCGCGUCAGUGGCCCUCGGCGCCAACGAAAGACCGACGUUCGGGGUCCCCUCCUUUAGGCCGGCAUCAGGAGCUGCAUCCACUGUUCCACCGACGUUGUUCGGAGGGCUGAACUCUAGCGCAACCAGUUCCAAUAGAGCAUCCGGAGGCCCAAUUUCUUUAUUCGAAGCACAGGUUGUUCCGAAUUCCGGCGGAACCACAUCUGGUACUGUAUCCGGCAGAGCCAACUUCUCGUUUGGAGGGACCACAUCUGCUACUGCACCAGGAGGAGCCAAUUCGGUGUCUGGCGCGCGCAAAGUGCCGAAUUCCGGUUUCACACCUCCUGCAUCCGGGAGAGGCAACUCGUCCUCCAGAGCGCCCAGCACGCCGACUUUCGGCAGAACCGCUUCUGCUUCUGCGUCCGGAAGUGCGUCACCUGCUAUCCGGCCGAUCCCCGCAGGGAGGCCAUUUGGGAAACCCGACCCAGCCCCCGCCUCUGUCAAUGUGACGCCGUCUGCCCCUUCCCAGGAGUCUACUCUGCGUUCUACUCCCACAACUACAUCGGUCGGUGGUUUCGGAUUUCAGACCACGACAACAAGUGGCGCGGCAUCAUCUUCACCUGAAUCCUCUGUGCAUCUUCAACCCCCUUCAGCGUCCACGCCUGCCGCGUCGUCCGCUGCCCCUCAAGUAUUUAGUUUCUCCUUUGCACCUACGCCAUUCCGAGGUUUCGGCGCUGUUUUAUCUAGUCCUGCCUCUACGUCUCGUGGAACAACGCCUCCGCCGUUCGGAGGCUUCGGAGUGGGACAGCCAAGCACGGCGUCAUUUGGCGGUGUUGUGUCUAGUACUGUCUCUACAUCUCGUGGAACAACCCCUCCGCCGUUCGGAGGUUUCGGAGUGGGCACCGGGCCAUUUGGGGGCGUUUCAUCUAGUACUUCCUCUACUUCUAGUGGAGCAAUACCUACGCCGUCCGGAGCUUUCGGCCUGAGAGGGUCCAGCACGGCACCAUUUGGCAGUUUCGUGACUACUGCACCAUCCUCAUCUAGUGGAACAGCCCAACGAGCACCCGCUUCUGGCCCCUCCGUUCCGUCCCCCACGUCAGCAUCUGGAGGGACACAAGGGUCCAAUCAGAUUGCGACUCCUACGCCGGUGGAUUUUGGCGCGAACAGAGGGACAACGUUUGGUCCCUCCCCGUUUCUGAUGACCACGGCACAUGUAAAUAACGGAACAGCAUUCCCACGGUUUCAGGCACCCGUAGAGAAGGAAUAUGCAAAAGUUAAUCCUCAGCAUGAACCUUGCAAGAUCUAUAACAUAUCUACCAUGCACGAUUACCAAAAUUGGUCGCACGAGGAACUUAGGUGGAGAGAUUACGAGUUGGAACGAAACCGCUGCGAGACAGGCACUGCUGCGGGGGUAACAGGCUACGGAGGAGGUUUUGGGUCUACAGCAUUUGGACAGAGAUCAACCCGGCCCGCAGCAACGCCUUUUGGUCCCGUGAGGCCUAACCUCGCAUCUUCGUCUACAACGAGUACCACCCAGACGUCGCCCCGUGCACCGACCUCCGGACCGCCACCUGCUCCAAGCUCAGUAUCCACAGAAAACCCCACUCUAUUGGCAGAAGCGACUCGGAUCGCGGACCAAUUAGCGGAGGUAGUGUCCAGGCUUCGGAUAAGUGCGAACGGAAGCGAAGCGUUACUCUCUAGAGUGGACGACAUCCAUAGACUGCUGGAAGCGUCGGUGGGAUCUGGAGGUGCGUCAACAGGCACGAACACUCCGAACGAGGCGACGGAAGUGUCAGCAGUACCACAGGUCUCCACCUCUCCGCAGACCGAUGGGCCUUCUGCGAGCAACGAUCCCCCAACUCGCACUGAAGAAGGUCUUGCGCCUCCUGAGGAUACGUCCGAGGGUCCUCGCAGCGCUUCAUCUGAGAGUCUCUCAGAAGUUUAUCACGACGCACCUUCCGGUCCUACCUUUGAGUCUGCAAAAGAUACUGAAUCACCGACUGAUGCCCCAUAAGCCGCGUUACAUUCUAAAGACAAAGGAAGCCUUCGUUCGACGCCUUUUCAUAUUAUGUUCGCCGAUGCUGUUGAUUAAGAACCUUACAAGUGCAUAUACUCAUAACUCAGUCCUUGCGUUUGGCGGGAGACUUGUGUUGCAUUGAUCCAACCAAGGAUCCAACCAUAUGUAUUCUGGGGAAUAUUAGUGUGCUUGCGGGCAGCC